AUGUUAAACGAUAAAUUUAAUAAAUCCUCCUCCUCCUCCUCCUCCUCCCCAUCAUCAUCAUCAUCAUCAUCAUCAUCAUCAUCAUCAUCAUCAUCAUCAUCAUCAUCAUCAUCAUCAUCAUCAUCAUCAUCAUCAUCAUCAUCAUCAUCAUCAUCAUCAUCAUCAUCAUCAUCAUCAUCAUCAUCAUCAUCAUCAUCAUCAUCAUCAUCAUCAUCAUCAUCAUCAUCAUCAUCAUCAUCAUCAUCAUCAUCAUCAUCAUCAUCAUCAUCAUCAUCAUCAUCAUCAUCAUCAUCAUCAUCAUCAUCAUCAUCAUCAUCAUCAUCAUCAUCAUCAUCAUCAUCAUCAUCAUCAUCAUCAUCAUCAUCAUCAUCAUCAUCAUCAUCAUCAUCAUCAUCAUCAUCAUCAUCAUUAUCAUUAUCAUCAUCAUGA